AUGCGUUUCAAUAACAACAUUUUCUUGCUCGCCUCCUUCCUCGGCGUCGCAACCGCCUUGCGCCGAAGCUGCCAUGCCGAGGAGGACUCUAGCACCGGCGAGUACCAACCUACAGACACCGACACCUUACAGCAAGUCGCGGGUGACUUUUGCGUUGAUGAGCAACGCCUGCUGGAAUUGAACGAGAACAGAGUCCCGAAAAAAGGACAAGCUUACAAAGUUCCUUGCUAUCCUCGAAAGCGCGAUUGCGCCAAGAUCACGGGCAGUCUUUACGGGUACUACACGAUGACGAAUGAGGAUAGUUACAAAGCGGUUGGGCAGGAUUUCUGCAUCAAUACCUACGACUUGAAGGCCUUGAACCCCGAAGCUCUCAAGGACGAUUUAGUUCACCCCGGCAUGGUCGUCUUGGUUCCUUGCGCUUGGAAUUAG